AUGAAGAUCUCCGCCGCAAUCAUCACUUCCGCCCUGGUGGCUAGUGCCACUGCCUUCGACAAAUGGCAGCCAUGGGGAAAACGCGAUUACUCUUGCUUGAACGUCUAUCAAGGAAUUCCCGAUAAUUCUACUCUCUCCCCUGGCCAAACAGUGUCCCUGCACUUCAACCGUGCUCCCACGACGCACUGCCCAGACCCACUGGCAGAGUACCCGACUGGCACAUAUGGGGUGUGGCUGUACAACAACCCUAUGCGAGACCGGGAUACAAUUUCCUUUGCGCAAUCUAUUAAGAUCGAGCAGGGAAUCAAUGCUACAUGCGGGCAUAUUUAUGUGAAAAUUCCUGCAAAAUUGCCAGCUGUUCAGCAUGGCGAUCUUUGGUAUCUGCGGUUGGACACUUCUUUGGACACUGCACCGCAGAUGCCGACUGUGUACAACGCUGCUGGGCCGUUUAGUAUCACCGCUUAG